UUUGGGAGAGAGACUGCAAAACGUUUGCCGAUGACGUGCAGGCUGCGAGAGUGGUCGAUCCAUUUUAGACAUCUGUCUAAGGCGCGACACGUUGGUGUCAACGCGCCGGCAUGGCCGACUGCUACGGAAGGCAGGCGAUGUGGUAUAUUUCAUAGUUCUUCACAAAAUCUUUUGGGUGCUGGUUCAGUAUUGACACCUGUGCUGACCGGGUGGGUCUGCGUAUUUGGCUUGGGAGGGCAAAGCCAGCCUCAUAAGCGAGGCAACCGCAUGGCGCGGCAUACGCUAGGCGCGCAUUCAGAUAUUUGUCCUUUAGAUAUUUGCACCAGCCAUUAGCCGUGGGCGGAAGACAUGCGGAGAUUGUGGCUUGGUUGUCGGAGACCUGUUUGCAUGCGGCGGUGUGAACUGGUAUGACUUUGAUGGCCCUUGGCUGCGAGUUUGAUACACGUCAACGUGGCGCUGAUAGUGACAAGCCUGGUGGCAAGUUUGUUGGUGGGACUGAGACGUGUGUGAGGUUGCAAUGCCAGUUUUGAUGGAAGGUUGUUGACGUUAACUGUUCCGGGGCAGUGUGCAGGUGUUUGCUGUUGGGUGUUCACAACUUCGGACAAAAAAGGAAGCUUUGAGACUUUGCUGGAUCCCUGAGCGUUGGCCCGCAAGGCGGCACGAGGUGCAUGCGGAGUGGCUCUAGCGGCUGGCAUUAGAGCAACAUGAUGUUAGUGCAAGGAGGGGUCGCGUGUUGGCGUACUCCUUCAGGUCCUCGUGCUUGUGGGUCGCGUGUUCGUUGCCAGGGAGGUGCGGACGACCGGCGGCGCUCACGAUGGCGACCGCCUUGCGUCCGCACAGCACUUGCAAGGCCUGGGCAGUUACUGCCCAUUUGCAUAGCACGGCAUUGCCUUGUCGGGUUGCAUGCGUAUUUGGGAUUGACAGUAGCUGGUUGUGCGGCUGUCUGCGUGCCGGCCAGGACCACUUGCUGAACAGGUUAACUUUGUUUGCUGGAAUGGGAAAUUUGGGAUAUUCUUUACAUUGCCCUCAGCUUAAAAGCGGGGAUCGGCUAGCGGGCCCGGGCGUUGAGACUAUUUGGUUUAGUCCACUGGUGAAUGCGUCAACUGGCAUUGGUCCUUUCUGUUUUACAUGUCGCAAACCGUACACGGCAUUGAACACAACACAACCAAUGCGAACGAGGGGGCUACUUUGGAGCUCUGCUGGCGGUAGCGUAGCAGUUGGGCGGUGCAAACGAGAGCUCUUGCGCCUGGGUGCGGAAGGCCGCGCGUGUGGGCGUAGCACUGUCAGCAUGUUUCAGCUGCCGCUCUGAGCGCAGCAGCCCCUAGCCGGCACCGGCGGUCAGCGCGGCCGACACUUCGGCAAGCAGCGAUUGCUGGUGGAAUUUUGGGCAGCACGCGGUGUGCGUUGAGGAGGCGUGCUGAGUGAUCAUGCCCGACCUCGGGGAGGAAGACGACGAGCCUCUGCGGGCGGGCCGCAAGAGGAAGCGGCGGGCCACGCACCAUGGCAGUGGACGGCUGUUGGCCCGGACAGCUGUGAUGUUUGGAGCGGCGGCGGUGCUAGAGCUAGUGUGGCUGGUGGUGUUGUCGCCCACGCGCGCACGUGCGCGAGCGUAGAUCUAUAUAUGGGUGUUAUCUAUUGACAUGGAUGGUGGUGGCGGUUCAUGUGGAUGGUUGGAUGAUGGAGAAAAGUUGCGGGGCGGGGGUAAUGUGGGUUUGGAGGUGUCAGUUGCUGGUUGUAGCCACGGCGGUGCGCCCCGCCGCGCGGCAUGGCAAUGCGCAGUGAACAGGUGGGCAGCUUGUGAGGUGCGGGCGACUGCUGCGGUUGCACCAACGUGGCCGCCCGUGCGUAUGAUGGGAGGGCAGAAAGCUGCGGCACAAUCUAAGAACCGGAGAACUAGAGACGUGUGCCCAAAUAUAGUAGGGUGAUGGCGGGUGUCGCAAGUCCAGCGGUCCUAGUCGUGGAUUAGUUCAAGCAAUGCCCUAGGAGGUUGCUUCGGCGGGUGCAAGCGCGUCCUUUAGUUGGGUGUCUGUACAUUCUCGGAGCGUGUCGCGCCCUCCAGUUCUUGUCUCCAUGAUUUGUUUUGGCAUGAUUUGUUUUGGUUGACGGUGUGGGUGUGACGCACGAGGGGGGCGCGUGCCAGAUGAUAGGUAGCCCGGUGCGGCUGCCGGUAGCGCGGCACGGGUUGCUGGAGAUCACCACACAUGUUUGCAAACACACACACACACACGCCGCCAGCAGUUCGGCGCACAUACGCUUGUACCGGUAUCAGGGUGUGUGGUGGUGCGUGCAUGCUUGCGUGCAUGGCGCCUUUGUUUGGUGUAGGGGCCGGCAUCCAGGAGACACUUGCCGGCGCGAGCGGCUGCAGUGCCUCCGCGGGUUGAUGCUACCGUGGCUGCGCUCAGGCAAUGAGCGCAUGCGCUGGGUCCUGGUCGGCUGAUCGUCGAAGACGGUGUGUGGGGCGUCGGCUUACGUGUUUGUUUCCAACGGCAAACUGCAACUGCCGCAUGCGAGGUAGGCUGACGGGCCGUCACACGACCCGUUUGCCCCCGCAACGGCAGGCGGGGUAGGGGCGCAGGCGGUCAGUCUGCAAGAAUCCACGGCGGCACCUCUUUAAACUGCCUAUGUGGAGGUUAAGAAAUUCUUAUGUUUUGUGUUCUCUUCAAGCCACGCGUACAGCCGCACGUGGCAAAAGUAUGUACGUUUGCGGUUUGUGUGUCGAAAUUGGUUGCGGCGGGCUGCGGAAACGGCAGCAAGCCAAAUGCCUCGAAGCGUCUGGUGAUUUGGCUGCAGGUACGGUAGAUAGAGAUACGCGCGUGCAUUUGUCGCAAGAUGUGGCGUGUUGUUGGUUGGUUUUCAUGUCAAGCGGCUUGUUCUGACGCGGCGUUCGCCUCUGGGGCAGUAGCUUUUUGUCAACCUUGCUUACAGUCUUUGUUUUGCAUGGCCUUCGCAGGUGUCGAGAGACGGGGGUGAGACGGUGGUGCCUGCAAAUGAAUGUGGGCAAGUUCGGCUGCAGAGCAUGCCAGGGGAAACUGUAGCUCGAAGCAAUUUGAGGAUGGCAAGGAGCGCAAAUGCAGUCAAAGGGCUCAGCGCCUUCACGCCCUUGGCGGCGGAUGGGUGGACCAAGCUUACACGACUUGUAACAUGGAUGUCAAGCAUGUGAUUAGCUAUAAGUCGUGGCGUGUGAGCCACGCGCCUCCUUCUGCCCAGAUGAACCUGCAUUUGCACACGGGCCUGGCGUGGAAUGCAACCAGUGCUCGUAUCUUAAGAAGGCAAGUGGCAGAUUGCUGAAAUAGGGCAUCUUUAAUUUUCAACCCGC